AUGCCAGGAAGUGUGAGUGGCAAGUCUGAUUUCGGCAAGGUGUGCAAGUAUUUUGGGACUGUUUGUUUUUUGCUGUGUUCUCUCGUUUUCACUAUUUUUGGAUUCCAAAACAAUGCAUGGGUUGUCAUAAGCAGACCAGAGACAAACGAUGAAUUUCAGAGAGGAAUACGAGGUCGUGACUGCUAUAAAAAUCACAGUUCGUCUUCUAUAGAGUGUUGGGAUAAUGAGUUCAAAAACGGAACUGAACCGAUUCCUCCACCCUUUGAGCACGUGAAUGAUGUUUCUACUGUUUUCAAAAUAGCCUAUUAUGUGGUGUUGGUGAUUCUAGUUCUUCAAGUGGCCUUGGCGAUCUACACCCUUCUAUUCUGCAUCAGUUCAAAAUUUUUUCAACUCGCGGAAUCAUUCAAUUAUGUUAUGCUGGGCUUCAUGUCGGUUGCAGUCGUGUUGUGGAUUGUUUUAUUUGUUCUCCUUGUACCAGAAGUCUAUAAAGAAAAUAUUCUACCAGACAAAUUCAAAAACCCAGAGUACAAUUACUCAAUCGGAAGUGGGUUUUGGAAGUUCUUCUGUGGCGGUUUGAUCCCAUUUGUCGCUGCCAUAAUCAUAUUUUUCCGGAAACAACUGUGCAAUAUGUUUAAUUGUUGUGGGAAGGACUUUGAACUGGUUGCAAAUUCGAACUGA